AGAAAUAAAUAAUACAACAACACAGUUACCUAAACUUUUGCUCAACCAGCAUCAAAUUAGGCAAGAAAUCAUAUAACCCACGCUGUUUGCACCAUUUCAUUGCAGAAAUGGAGAAUUGAUCAUCUCACCAUACAAAAAUCCAGCUCACUACUUUCAAUCUAGUACUUCACUGAUUGCCUCCUAUUGUUUGAUACACUGUAGUUUUCGGCGCAAGUAGCCAUUUAAGUCUUUAGAUUUGCGCACUUAGAAAUUCGAUGUAAGUCUUCGUUAUAUCCUCAGCUUAAGAAUACGAGGUAACGGGGAGAAUGGACUGACAAAAGCUAUGCAAAGUGAGGUGCAAAUGAUAAUGAGACAACAAGAAACAAAUAGAAAAUGAAACUUGUGCAAAAGGACAACGACUUCUGCUUCCACCCCUCUUCAUCUUCUCUUCCUAAUUAAUAGAAAAAAAGGAACGUUUAUUUCUUUAAAUUAUUCCAAUUUAUUACUGUCAUUGCAAUAACAAGUUGUAAUGCACUCGUAUGUGAUAGAAACACAUUGUUACAUGAAACAUUGAAAAACUUUUAAUGGAUCGCCUCAAAAUUGUCACGUUCCUUUUUAUUUUCAAAAUUUAAAAUGAUGAUUUCUUUUUUAAGGUAUUGCUUUUGCUUGACAACGCAACUUGCCACUUCGACAUUAAUCAUGAAAAGGUGAAGUUUGUUUUCCUGCCACCGAACACCACGUCCCUAAUCCAACCACUGGAUCAAGGAAUAAUUGCAACAAUGAAGAAACAUUACAUAAAAUAAACUUUUAAAUUUAUCCUGGACAAACUUGAGGCCGACACAUCAUUGUCGGUGACAGCGGCGUGGAAGCAAUUUACAAUGAAGGAUUGCGUAAGAUUCAUUGGGAUUGCCAAGGAAGCACUGAAACGGUCUACGCUUAAUGGAUGUUGGAGAGCAAUUUGGCCCACAUGUGUUUCCAAGAACGAAACAGAAGUAGAUAUGGAUGCCACAAUCCUUAAAAUCUGCCAUGCUGUAGGAAAGGAAGGAUUUGAGAAUCUUGAAAAGAAAGAUUUGGAGGAACUGAUGAUCGACCACCCUAUCGACGAUGAUGAACUGAUGGAGUUACUGAUUGAAUCGGAAGAAAAUUUUGGAGACGCAGAAGAAAGCGAGGCAUGUGGGCAGGAAUUCAACCAGACUAAGCUUGGUGAACUUCUUGAAAUGGCAGAAAAGAUGGGCGACAUGGCCUUGGAUGAGGACCUUGAUGUUGAACGAGCCGUGGAGUUUCGGGCUGAUUUGCGGAGAGUGACGCUUCGGUAUAAUCAGCUUUUCAAACAGCAGUCAGUUACUGUUUUGGCUGCCAAAAAUUGCUCGGUCGAUGAAGAGAGAAUGGUUUAACUAAAAUAAGGGCAGUUGUACGAUUAAGUUGUUUAUUUUUUUAUUUUCUGUCAACACUGGAUUUAAAACGAAAGAGAACAAUAAAAGAAAUUUUCCAUUCAUAUUUUUUGCUUCACUACUUAAUACACCUUGAAACGUAUACAGAAGGCAUCACGGUCAACCGAUAAACAAAUAGUUCUUAUCCUUCUGAACAAGGUAUUCGAAGACGGCACUUUUCUAUCUACUCUCGACCCCAAAAUUUGGAAGUCUGGAACUUUAUUUGAUGAUCACCUUUUUAAUUUUUUUUUUGUAUAUUUUAACUACUGCUAAUUCUACACUUUGAUGAUUACCACCACCUAGCGGCGAAAUCACCAACUAAUUGGUAAAUCAACAGAAUGCUCUUAUCCUUCUGAACAACUUUGCCGAAGACGGCACUUUUCUAUCUGCUUUGGAUCGCGAGAUAGAAAAGUCUAAAACUUCACUUGAUAACUAGCGCCACCUAGCGGCGAAAUCUUCAACUAAUUGGUAAAUCAACAGAAUGCUCUUAUUCUUCUGAACAACUUUGCCGAAGACGGCACUUUUCUAU